GUAUGUCACCAGAUGUCGCCAGGUAUCGUGAAAUAGCGGCCAUUUCCACUUCCAGGUGUUUAUAUUUCGUGAAAUAAGGUCAUAGGUAUUGUUUAAAAUCUAUACCACAAACAAUAUCGGCUGAUGAAAAUGGUGUCGGCGUCCAUAUCCCUCGGCGGAACCGCCCUGGUCACGAUCGUGUUAAUGUCUUCCUUGAUCAGCACAGGUUCAGCAUUGAGCUGCUACAUCUGCAACUCCACCCUCGACCACAACUGCCAGGAGAAGUUCGACCACUACAGUCCGGUGGCGCUUGCCAAGAAGCGGGACUGUAACAUGUGGGGUGCCCAGUUCUGUAUCAAGGUGACAGGGCUCUGGGGAGGGAUUGUCGGAACACAUCGGUUCUGCAGCUCCCGAGACCUGGGCUACCAAUGUCAGGAUAUCUGGUACCCAGACCAUGACCGCAUGUACCGCGCCUGUGUCAACACCUGCUCCAACGACAACUGUAACGCUGCCAGUCAGAUGGCGGUGACAUCUCUCGGUGUCGUCCUGUUUGGCUGGUUACUGCAUCGUCUGCUGUGAUUCAUGAAAAACCUGGCCUUGAACUACUCUGUAGCACCCCGAAGUGAUGUAACUCAAAUUGACAAUAGCAUUUCUGAAAAAGAUGAUCUGGAAACAACACUGGUUUUAUGGACUUUUAUCUGAAAUUUUAGCCAACUGAGCUGUGUUUUGUUUUUUAAAUACUGUUCAGUUAAAGAAUAUUCCCCAGAAUUUAAACUAGAAUGUAGAAUUCAACUGGUCUUUAUUGCAAAUAGCUGAGCAAGGGAGAUAACUAGACAUGUUACCUUAUAUUUUUGACAAGGGAGAUAAUUUUGAAAUCCUCAUUUCCAAUCGUUAUCAUGCCAUACUUCACUGUGAGCGAAGUUGUACAUAGAUCCCCGCUUCACUGUAAAUACCCAUGACCUGUAAAUAUGUGUGGUUGGCCGAAUGGCUCAGCUGGUGCAGAUGGAUCAAUACAUGCUGUGUCUCAGUGCCAGUGUAUAUUGGAGAUAGAUCACAGAUAUCUAGUGUUAGCUCAUUGUUACGACUGAGAGAAAACAUGCUUGUUUACUUGUGAAUUAUUGCUUUAGUUUCAAUGUACAUGAUUUAAACGUGAUAUGAAUUGAAAGGGAACAAGAAAAUUAUGAUGUUUUUUAUGCAAUGAGAACAGAAAUAAACACCUUAGAUGAGUAAAUGUCACAUAAGUUUAAGAAUAAAUAACAUUUUGGCAUACCAGUGGAUCCCCCUCUACACACAACUAUGUGUUGUGUUAUUGAGAGACACAGUAUGCUCUUGUAAAUAACAUACAAUGGAGGACGAUACCAGGAUGGGGGGUCUUACAUACACACCUUGACACAAAAGUUACAGAAAACUUCAGACAAGUCUUCUUGUCUUCAAUUUCCCCGAACAGAUCUAAAAGACUUAAAUUUCAGAGUGGUAAAGUUAGCAAAACACCAAGAAUAAAUACUGUCUGGUAGUGUGUCCCUCCGUCCAUAAUUGAAACAUGUUGACAUAUUUGCCAUUUCAUAUUACAGUAGUCAGAUAUCCAUUGCUAGUUCAUCACCUGGGACAUUACUAUGUAUUGUUUAAUGUUUACUCAAUUCCGGGUUUCAUUCUUCAUCCACUUGUAAAACAUUUAUCGCUGAAGUUUCAACUAUUUUAGAAAUGUUGGUACAAUGUAACUUGGUAAAGGAUCUGAGUCAAUAGGAAAUCAUUUGUAAGAAAUAAUGCCAUGGCUUAUACUAAAGAGAUAUAUUUCCAUGUAGAGUUCACCCGUUAGUAGCCAAGCCUGUGUAGGUUUGAGGGAUGUCGAUGCCAUGGCGACAGAGUGUCGAAGGACCAGUACAAGCAACAGAGAUGAUGGUCCGCAAACUGGAGAAGUCUUAAACGUGUUUUGAUCUGUAAGAAUUUUGUUGAGAUGAGACAAGUGUUCUUCCUCUAAUUUGAAAAUUAUAUUUUUGACCUAAGAUAGAAAAUAACAAUGGGGAAGAGGCAUCAGAAUAGCCGUGUUCUUCCUUGCCCAGGGUCCUCCUCUCUGUUGUCUUGGUAACAAAAAGUAGUCGUGCUGUUCCUUUGCUGUCACUCCCUCCCAUAUUCUUUCUGCUGCUUGCGAUGUUAAUGAGGCCACAUCAGACAGAUAGUAUAUCAGAUACUUGCAGUAAGACAGAGACAAAAUGAAAAUUCAUGAUUUUAUAUCACUGAACAGUGAUGUGCUAGUUUAUCAAUCCACAGUUGGUAUUUCCAGCACUCCAGUUGCAGUGUUAGGGUUCAGUAUCAUCAAGUUAUCAUUUAGCUCUAGAUUCAGCACGUGAUCAGCAAUGCUAUGUAAAUAUGUUACAUACAAAACAAAUUUUGUACUACUUGAUGUAUAGCAAUAUUUUUUAUGAAUAAAUUUGUAUCAAUAUUUA